AUGCAAAUUCUUGCAAAUCCCUUGCACGAAUCUCGUCGGGAUCUUAAUAAUGCCAUUUCCGAUACAAAUAAAAAAGUCAUAAAACUUCCAAUACAAUAUAGGAAGCAACGAAAAUUUGUAACUCUACCGAACUCGAAUUAUGGGAAGGUUGCUUUGUUGACAAAAAACUAUGAGUGGUUAGCAGCGAUUGACGUAGGAACACCUGGACAAACAUUGAAUCUGAUAGUCGAUUCCGGAUCACCAGAAACCUGGCUUGUCACAACGUCUUGCGAAAGUUGUACGAGCGGAAAUUUCUAUGAUCCGAAUGAGUCUUCUACUUUCGUAUAUAACGGAAGCGAAUUUGCUAUGACAUAUAUUGGAGGGAAUGGUCCAAAAGGUUACUUUGGAUCGGACGUGGUAAAUAUUGGCGGGAUCCUCGUAGAAAAUCAAACCAUGGGAUUAAUCACCUAUAGCAAUAUCUUAGUAGAUUCGGAUGGAUUGUUGGCUAUCGGGCUUAGCGCAUCGUCAGACUAUGGUAGCACCACGGUGUUUGACAAUAUGAUAUCGCGAGGAUUGAUUUCGGAACCGGUAUACACGGUGAAACUGAUCAAAGAUUCACAAAGUAAUGCAGGCGGAGAGAUAACUUUUGGCGAAAUCGACUAUUCCGAAAUUGACGGAGAAAUAACUUACUCCUAUCUCACGGAAGACGAACAUUGGCAAAUCACGGUGACCAAUGUCUACUUUGACAAUAUACCCCUUAACUUGAACCAAUCCGUCACAUAUCCUGUAGCUUUUGACACCGGAUCUCAACAGAUCAUGAUAGAUGGAAGCAUUACCGAAUACAUAAUUUCACAGAUACCUGGUGCGGCUUUUUCUAUGUCAACGGAAAUUCGCGAUGGGGCUGACGUUAGUAUUUAUACGGUACCAUGCAAUACCGACACAACUUUGGGUCCAUUGGAAUUUGUGAUAGAGGGAAGAAGAUUUUUAAUGCCUAUAAAAGAUUUGAUUCUCGAUCCGUUGGAUGAUGAUCAGGACACUUGCAGUUUCGGAAUAACUGGUUGCUCGUCUCAUACAGUUUCCUGGAUUUUUGGUGCAAUCUUCAUAAAGAAUUAUUUUGUGAUAUUUGACCAAAGUACAAGCCCGCCUCGUCUUGGUGUUGCUAAUAGAUAUGAUGUGGUUUACGAAUAA